AUGACCGCCGCCCCUGCCCUCGGCGCCUUGGGCAUCACCUUCACGGCCAUGCGCGCCAUGCAGGCCGCCUCUCUCAUCACCAUCAUCGGUCUGUCCGCCAACUUUGUCGACGAGGUCGUCGAUGCCAGCUACGCUGCUCCCUCUGCUCUUGUCGGGACUCUUGUAGUGGCCUGCCUUGCUACCAUCUACAUCUGCAUCAACUACAUCCUCUACUGGGACCGGAUGCUCCCCAUGCUCGUGGCCACGGUCGCCGACGCCGCCGUCCUCGUCAUGGUCAUCGUCGUGGCCGUCCUGGUCGGCAAGCCGGUCAGCUACCUCAAGUGCCACGACCUGCCCGGCAAGGGCGGCAACACGGCCAACUUUAUCAGCUCGCUCUACAGCAACGUCAAGAACAACGCCAAGGACGGCGGCACAGACGUCUUCUCCUGGGUCGACCCGGACCAGGCGGCCUGCUACGAGGUCAAGGCCCUCUGGGGUCUCAGCAUCGCCCUGUGCAUCCUCUUCGCCUUCUCCACCAUCGUCUCCCUCUGCCUGUGGCGUCGCAUCAAGUCCCGCGCCGAGGAUGCCGGCGCUCCCAAAGAUGUCGAGUGA